AUAUAAGUGUGUAUAUGUAUAAAAAGACUUUUUUAUACAUAGUUCUUUUUAAAAAAUGUUCUAUUUUCAAGUUUUCUUUGAAUUUUUAUAUGUUUAACAAAGUCUUAUUUGUUCGUACUUCAAUACUGCAAAGAAAGUUUUUUAUGAUGGCAGAAUUUCAACAAAGAAAAACAGCAGCUGAGCAGAAAGUUAACAUCUUAAAAAAACAGCUUGAAAUCCUCAAAAAAGUUGCUGAACAAAAGAAAAAGGAAGUUGAGCAAGCUGAGGUAAUAAACUUGUUAGAAAAGAAUGCAAGGCUACAAGAAGAAAUUUCAAAAUUAAAAACUGAUUUAAGGUUUUAUGAAGCUCAAAAUGGAGUUAAACUGGUUAGUGUUCCAUCUGCUGAAAAUGUUACAAAGAAAGAAGCUCUAUCUGAUUCAAACACUUUACCUAUCAAGGAUAUGCCUGCUUCUAGCAAAAAAGAAAAAACUGCAGAACCAGAUUCGACUAAAAUAAAACAAGUUUUACCUACUGAUGAUAACAAACCAAUUGAUGCUUCGCGAAUAUUAAUGAAGAUUGGUAAAAUAAUUGAUGUGAAGAAACAUCCUGAUGCAGAUUCUUUAUAUGUUGAACAAGUGGAUCUUGGUGAGAGCAAUCCUCGUACAAUUGUUAGUGGUUUGGUUAAACAUGUUCCAAUUGAAUCCAUGCAGAAUCGAGUUGCAGUAUUUGUGUGCAAUCUGAAACCAGCAAAGAUGCGUGGAAUUCUAUCAGAGGGAAUGAUUAUGUGUGCAUCGACACCUGAAAAAGUUGAAAUUAUUGAGGUGCCUGCUUCUGCAGCAAUUGGAGACAUUGUAACUUGUGAAGGCUAUCCUGGAGAUGCUGACGUACAGCUAAAUCCAAAGAAAAAGAUAUGGGAACAAGUGCAACCAGAUUUCCGAGUAGAUGAAAACGGUGUGCCUGGUUACAAAGGUGGACAAUUUACUAUAGCUGGAAAGACCGGUCGAUUUUCAUCUCCUACAAUGAAAUGUUGUCCUAUUAAAUAAAGUAGUUUUCGAAAUAAUAUUUUAUUAAAAAAAUA